GCGGAAAAUCAGUUGUAAUAAACGGGCGGUUUAAUCCCGGGAAGGGUAUUCCCAGAACCCGGGGAUUUAUUUCAGAAAUACUGAUCGACUCCUGAUCGUGUAAAGAAAACAGUGCUUCUCAUAAACUAAGCAGAGGUCUAUUUUUUACAAUUUUCACUUCUAGUCACAGACAACAUAACCGAAGAAGAGGCCAGACACUUCUCACGCAUCCGGUUUUGUGGAAACACCGUUUGGACCGUUUGCCCGAUUCCAAACGAAAAAGGAAAAUUGGAAGCUACCGUAACAUGGUGCAUAAUUUUUUCGUGAUAACGUACGAGACAAGUUUACUAGCGGUACAACAUGUUUGCCAUGCCUGCGCUGAGGCUCAUGCCGGGGGCUCAUGUAAGGAUACGAAGUAAAUCUCCAAAACGCACCACGACAAUUUGAUUUAUAUUUUAUAAUUUGUUUUGUUAAGGCUGGGCGUGGUCGGGUGUAGUUUCCUGUAGAGUGACCAGACACUUCUCACGCAUCCGGUUUUGUGGACACACCGUUUGGACCGUUUACCCGGAACGAUUCCAAACGAAAAAGGAAAAUUGGAAGCUGCCGUAACAUGGUGCAUAAUUUUUUCGUGAUAAUGUACGAGACAAGUUUACUAGAGGUACAAGAAUUCUUUUUCCCGGAUUUGAACCAUGUGUUAAAAGCAAUCACGGGACAGCAAUACGAUCUGCUGUUGGUAUUGUUAUUGACAAAAGCUUGACAGCCAAAAUAAUUUGCAUUCUUUCAACCCAUAUAUUCUCCAACGAAUGGUAUCACUUUUCAUAUCAUGUACAUGGGUCGUCUCAGGGCAAAGAAUUGAUCUCAGGUUCUCUUUUAUUUUGGACCUUGCGUGAGAUAUAAACUGAAUAAUAUUUCUAUGGCGACUUCAACAGUCGAGGCGGUUUAUGUACCAAACAACAUCGAUGGAAAGGACUACUUGGAUAACCAACGUUGGCGUCUUCGAAUUUGGAUUUGUUCUGGCAUAUCCACGUUGAUUGUGUUAUCAACAGCCCUAGCACUCAUUAUUCUCAUUUUGAACUUCUCAACGUUUCUCUCACAGACUUAUGAUCUUGCUGAAGGCGACAUGAGGCUGAUUUCGGUAUCAACAGCUUUCUGUGAAGAAAUUUCUCUCGGCAAGGACUCUUCCAAACGAAAGCUCUGGAUUGUACCGUCUUCCCACGUAAGUCCCCAACCGCGACAAACAAAUAUGUCGACCGAAGUGUUUGUAUCUAAAUUUAAAUAUUGGUACAAGGGUUUCUAUUUACUUGAGGGAUCUUCUGUUAUCAUAGAUGCCAAGUCUGAGAGCUCUUUAAAGCUCUUUAUUUUCAAAGACAGAAAGCGUUUGGACGAAUGGCUUGAUCGCAACAGUGAUUCAACUGAGACCAUCAGUAGCGAUACAGAGUAUUCCUCGCAGCCUUCGAAAAUAUCUUACACUCUCAACGUUCAUGAAACAGGCAACUACUUCAUUCUCUUUAGUUACGCCGGAGGAAAGAAAGACUUCACAAGGAUGAAACUAGAUUUGAUUUUGAACCGUAAGGUGUACGAUCUAGAAUCUUCAAUUUUCAGUUGUAACGCGGCAUCCAGAGAAACGUGUUCGGCGCGGUUAUUGUUUGGGUCAUCUGAAGUUGGCGUGCUCGAGGUCACGAACGAGCCUUCUUAUCUCAGUAAUGAGCUUAUUUCCACUUGGCGAUGUGAGCCACGCAUCUGGUUUUACGUGGCGGUCUUUGUAGGGCCCAUCUUGUUAGCUAUCGUCGCCAGCUUCGUGUUCUAUUUUGUUUUCGUCAACCGCACGAGAGACAGACAUUUACAGAGGCUUGCGAUCCAAAGGCAACAAGUGCUAAGACGCACAAGUAGCACUUGUUGUGAACGAAGUAACCCCUUUGGUAAUAAUAGGAGUUUGAACGGUUCAUUGAGGAGACCUCCCAGUCGAACACCAAGCACACGUAGCUUUGGUAACCAGAACGACAUGUCACACGCCACGUGUCUGCAGCCUUUCGUGACAACCAUGUAUACGGGAAACUCAAUAAGCGAAGACAGCGGGCACGACACAGACGAGGAUGAUAAAAGAACGAGCAACUCGGUCCGCCCUCAAAAGCGAACAUCCUCUGUUGAUGGAGCCUCUUUGGCCUCAGGAGACAGUGUCUCUAGAAGACCAAGUUUCAGUACAUUCCAAGGGAGCGAGGAUGAAAAUUCGAGUGUCACAAAGAUUGAAGCUGUUUCGUCACACAACAGAAGUGGACGAGUCCGUGACAAAAGCCGCGAAAGACGGUCUGCUGAUGAAAGAGCAAACAAAGCUUCAUUUAAGAUAAGAUCUGAUCGCGAUGAAAUGCGUGAUAAAAUUCCCAAUGGUAGUCUUUCCAGAAACUAUCCUACUAGGAGAUAUUCCAGUGAUGAGUUACAUGACCGAAGAAUUAAAACACUGCCUCGAAAUCGUGGCAACACAGCACCUGCUAUCCAUCCCAGCAGUCAACGUGCCCCCAAAGCGCAGCUUCUGCCCAGUAGACCAGCCUCUCUUCCAUGUUUGCAGCAACCUGACGGGGCAUGGGGACUACCUUCAGAUUUAGUACUCGACUGCCGACCGAAAGUCAGUGGUUCUAUAAGUGAAGACGAUUUUCGCCCAGCUCGAGAGGAAAGCACAAUUGAACCUCAGGAAAUUAAAUUACGGACGCAUUCCGGGAGACGGCGAGAGAUGGGCUGGUCUCCAAGACUUUCUAUGGUAUCCGAGGUGUAAAAAAGUUUUGAUCAAAUUACGACUUUCUUAAAAAGCAAAUAUGUGUGUCGUCUAAGUCAAACAUAAAGCUAUUCAAGUUUUGUUAACACCUUGCGCUUGUCUGCACGUGAUCCAAGUCUUGUUGUUGGCAUGUUGCAGGUGACAGUAAUGUUAGUUGUUCAUGUUAUUGCAUUUAUUGUAAUUUCCUUCGCACCCGUGAUUGAGUGAUCGAGAGGAAAGCGUUGCUUGAAAAGAUUAAGUCAGUUUCCCGAUAAAAGUAAAACUAGUACAGCCUAUUCAAGCCGAAUUCGCGUCCGUGGCUACAAGUGGCCGGUUCACAUACAGCGAAAAUGCUAGCCUCUUCCUGGCGUUCAGUUAGUUGGGACGCAGUGCGAAAAAGAGGUGAGAAGGGGCUUGGUACGAGAAGCGAACGAACGCUUCCUCUCGCAUUCCCGCGCCGCGUUUCUCCACUUUUCUUUCGCGCGCCAUUUGUCCCGCUGCACACCAAGUAACUCCACGCCUGCUGGAAGAGACUACGAGAAUGUGAAUUCUCGUGGUGCUAAAAGCACUGCUUUGACUGAACAUUAAUUGACAAUUCUAACUCUACCUAUCGUUUUCAUUCGGCGUUCAUCUAUGUAUAUUUCUUUGAUUGUAUUUUGUUACUGUCCUAACCGGUCUCGCCAAGUUCAAGUUAAAAUAAACAUUUUGUUCACUCUGGAAAAUAUUUUUAAGUGAGCAAUUGUAAGCUCAAAGUUUCGCGCAAAUGACCUACUAAACUAAGAAAAGCAUAAUUUAGUGGCUGUUCAAUUAAACUGGAAUAAGGCAUUUUUUAUGUUCUUGUUCAAUAGUGAGUUUUUUCUGGCAAUAAUUUAGUAACAAGCACGCACAAGUUGGCAGAGGCAAAUACUAUAACCACCUGUUCUGGUCAUUUGCCAGUAAUUAGAUUGCUAACCAGUCUUUUUCCCUGUCGUAAUUGUUCGGUUUUUCCCAUCACACGGUCUCUUAUAAUGUAAACGUUCCCCAUCCUCCCCUCCUUUGUGCUUGCUUGACACUUGGCCAUAUUUGGGAAGGAAAUAUCUUUUUAUUUAUCAGUACCCCUGCCGGGUUGUUCAAAGCCCGAUUAAGCUAACCCAGGAUUAACCAGAAUUUUGAUUUUAGUUCUAUAACUAUUCGGCGAGGUUUUCUGUUGAUAGUGUACGUCCUCAAGCGUAAUAACAUAAGCAGUAACAAGCAUUUAAAAGAAAAAGAGAAUACUUUGGUUAACUUCGUAUCAAGCUUUGCCUAUUGUUUAUGUUUAAUUUUUUUAAGACAAUGAGCCUUUUGUUGUCUGUUCCUUAGGGAUUUUUCGUCCGGUUUCACGAAAUUAUACUCGGGUCAUAUCGGAUUUAGUCGGCAAAUUGUCACUGAUGACAUAUUUUCCCUAAGGGUAACCUACUUGGGAAAACAAAGACAAACCAUUCGGGGGUGGGUCAGUAAAUUUCAAGAGCACGUCAACAGCUUUGACUAAACUUUUGUAAUACCGCGCGCGCAUGUUUCGGCCUUACUAGCUCAGCCUAACUGAACUUUACUUUUAUUUAAGUCGUUAAUUAAAAUAAUUGAUACUUAGAAUAUAGCUUGUAUUAUCCGUGUUUUAGCAAGCAAGCGGCGGUCAGUAGCUGGAAGCGAUGAGAACGGUUUCUCUUUAAAUUUACUUCGUGCAUGGCUUAAUAGUUAUUUAACCAAUUGCGCAUGGAUCUACGAAAA